AUAGCAACGGCAACUGCGCCGCCGGAUUUGCUGUAAACCAAGCAACAACAUCCCGCCGAAAUCUGGCGGUUCAUCGCCCUCACCAUGGUUGCGCCAGCUGUCCCCGAGAUCACCGAAGAGAUACUGCAUGAAGCGGUUGACACUCGUACCGAGUCUCUGAGCUCUCUCAGGGAGCUUGGCCCCCCAGAUCUCGUUCACCUUGUCAAGCAACCCCUGAAGAACCCCGGAAAGCACUAUGGUGUCUAUCACCAUGUCACCGGCGUCGACGCGUCUUCCUCGGCCAGUUUGGCGGCUUAUAUCAACACCCUGACCUACAAGGAGUUUGGUAAUUCCGCCGCUGCCAAAACCGUCGAAGGCACUUAUUGCUGUUACAAUGCCUUCUCCCGCGUCGACAUGCGCGUACACGCCCCUUUCCCCGGCUCCGUAGAGAGUUACUGCGUCGACGAGCGGGGCGAAAAACGAAAGGCGACCGACGAACUUUGGCUGGAAACAUACCUCUGCAGUGUUCUCCGCGCAUACUCGUAUGCCGACGAUGGAAGCGGCGAGACAAUCAGAAAGAUCAUGGGUGUCCGGCGCUUCAACCCAGUUACCGGCACCGAGACCGAACACAAGUUCCUCAGCGCUGCCGAGCAGCUCUUCUUUAGGGGCUGGCAACUUGGGUCCGACUCCGUGGUGCAGGUGCCCAACAAUGUCUCUAACCACUUGACAGCCGGCCUCCUAAAAUAUUUCUCAACAACAGGGCGCCAUACUUCCGGUAUCAAUCUCUUUGAGAAGCUUCGGUCGCAAAACGUUGAAGUGGCUUCGCUCUUGGCAAAAGUGCUCUUCAUGGGAAACGAGGAAGUGCAAGGAGUCCGUGUCUUGUACGAGGCCCUCAAGGAAUCACCCAUGGAUUACGUGAUGCUUGAUGCCCAGGCCGAAUUCCUUCUCAACAAGGCCGAAACUGCCCCAACUCCAGAGCUAAGGGAGGAAAGGCUACGCAUGGCUCUCGGCUGUGCAGACCGAAGCACAAUAGCCGCUCCCAGUGAGUUCGGCACUUGGGCAAGACUGGCUCAAGUCUACGUUGCCAUGGAGGAUUGGGAAAACGCCUUGACCAUCCUUAACUCGUGUCCCAUGUUCACAUAUCAGGACAAGGACGCGCCUGUCAUGCCGGAACCAAAAGACGUAAACCUACCGACCCUCCCAGAGACAAGGUUGGACGAAAUCGAUAGCGAGCCAGAUUCGAGGUUCUCUGAGCAGGUAGACCCAAGCCUGCUUGGUCUUCGCGCCGCUGCGUAUCGGGGAACAUUCAAGCAGGCAUACAGCAUUCUCACCGAGAUGACUGCCAAGAUUGGCUGGGAUCAACUCCUCAAGAUCAGAAGCAACGUGUUUGUUAUGGAAGACGAGUAUCGAAACGAGAAGCAGGAGCCUUCUUACCCUGCCAAGCGGAAUGCUAGCACCGAUGCCCUCCGUGGAACCCCGGAUCAUACUACCAACGGCGAAGCCGCCCCCAAGGAGGGUGCCGAAACUGAGGAGGUUGAUGACGAGAAAAAGAAUGCUACUUUGGCUGCUGAGCAAACGGAAGACCUGGAGAGACCUCCCAGCGCUAUCGACCCAGAGGUAGUCCGCAAGGCCGAAGAAAACGGUGAUAACGAGGAUCACUUCUCUCGUCUCAAUAACAAGCGUCUAUGUGAACGGUGGUUGGACAGCUUGUUUAUGGUUCUUUACGAAGACCUGCGCGUAUAUACCAUCUGGCGCACCCAGAUGGCUCAGUACAGGGCGCAGAGUAUGCAGUACAAGAAGUCGGCGGAAGAGUGGGAGAUUCUCGGCAGUCUCGCUGAACGUCUACAGCAUACGGACGAAGCGGUUGAGGCAUACCGGGCGUGCUUGGGUCAGCGCUUCAGCCCCAAGGCUCUCACAGGUAUUCUCAAGGUGUUCGAGAAGCAAAAGAGCACACGCGAGACUGUCGCCGCUCUUAUCAGGUUGGUGACUUGGCAAUAUCGGUGGUACAGCGAAUUCUCUCCCGAACUACUUCAUACCAUCCGGACACUCAUCGAGGACGAGGGUGCUGUGAAGGUCAGGAGUAUCAUCCAGGCGACCAACCUGCCACAGAACGUGCUGGACUUGACGCAUCAUUAUGCAGCGUUGUGUGCUACUUUCCGCAGCAGCGGGACCGACGGCUAGGUUGCUGGGGUCUGUUGCCGGUGUGCUGCUGAUGAAGUGAUGGCUGAGGGACGACCAUACCCUCUACAUGGUAUGGACGUCUACAUGGUAUGG